AAGGGUUUGCUCUCAGGGCCGUAUUUGCUCAUCUUCGCCUUGGCAGCAACCCUAAUCUGCUUCCACCAUGGCCGUCGGAAAGAACAAGCGGAUUUCCAAGGGAAAGAAGGGAGGCAAGAAGAAGGCUGCCGAUCCCUUUGCGAAGAAGGAUUGGUACGAUAUCAAGGCUCCUUCUGUUUUCAAUGUGAGGAAUGUGGGCAAAACCCUUGUUUCUCGUACUCAGGGUACUAAGAUUGCUUCAGAAGGGCUCAAACAUAGAGUCUUCGAGAUCUCGUUGGCCGACCUUCAGGAUGAUGAGGAGCACGCUUACAGGAAGAUCCGAUUGAGAUCUGAGGAUGUUCAAGGGAAGAAUGUUCUCACAAAUUUCUGGGGAAUGGAUUUCACAACUGACAAGUUGAGAUCUUUAGUGAGGAAAUGGCAAACGUUGAUUGAAGCUCAUGUGGAUGUGAAGACUACUGAUAACUUCACCCUUAGGCUGUUCUGCAUUGGUUUCACUAGGAGACGUCCAAACCAGGUCAAGAGGACCUGUUAUGCGCAAUCCAGUCAGAUUAGACAGAUCCGUCGCAAGAUGAGGGAGAUCAUGGUGAACCAGGCAACAUCGUGCGAUUUGAAGGAGUUGGUUCAGAAGUUCAUUCCUGAGAUGAUUGGCAAAGAGAUUGAGAAGACAACUAAGAGUAUCUUCCCAUUGCAGAAUGUCUUCAUUAGAAAAGUGAAGAUCUUGAAAGCUCCAAAGUUUGAUCUUGGAAAGUUAAUGGAGGUCCACGGUGACUAUUCAGAAGAUAUUGGCGCCAAGGUGGAGAGACCAGCUGACGAGACAAUUGCAGAGGCGACUACUGAAGUCAUUGGUGCUUGAAUGGAAUAUUCUCAACAACGGCCUUGUUAAAUUUCUUCAAUUUGAGAGUCACUUUUUCAUUUGUUCUUUUUUCUUGAACUUGAAUAGCUUUUACUUGCUCUUGUUUGUUCUAGGGGAGGGAGUUAGAGUUUGAUUUUGACAGUACAAUUUUGUUACUCUAAUCUACUUCAAAAUUUUAGUUCACAUUCACCUCGAAUUCGCAUUAAAAUUUUUUGUUUUACUGCUCCUUGUGGU